UUCAGUGGUUCAGGGAGAGAGGUUGGUUAGAACCAACCUAUGCCAUGAUACACGAAUAUAUUUAGUGAUAAAUAAAGUACAUCAAGAGAUACCUUUUCACCAAACAUGGUUUGCUUUCACUACCUCUCAAUCUUGUUCCUAGCUCUAGGACCGUAUCCUGGUUCCUCCAGUCUAGCAGCGGGACCAUCACAUUUCUCCCAGCUCCUACAGGCUACUGGAGUUUACAAGGAUGGAGAUAAACCAAGAACUACACCUAAACCAGAGGAAGCAGUCUUUCCUCAAGCAGAGAAACUCACUAGUAACGAAACCACAGUGGAAAAACCCGACGCUAAAAUAAAAGGUGGAAAGAAAAAACCCGAAGGGGGUUUAAGAAAUCUUCCGCAUAGUCCUUCCUAUCCGGAGAUACCAUAUCCAACUCCGUCCAACCUUGGAUUCCCUCCGGUAGGAUCAUUCUUCUCUAACUUUGAGAAGAGCGUUAAGUGGGACGGAAAACUUGAAGAGAGAACGAAAAGAGAAGCAGACCCCAACCUUCUCCCUGGUCAUGGUGAGCAUCAUCCUCAUCAUCCUGCUCAUGAAGAACACCUGGUAAUUGACCAUGAUGGACAUAUCACCCCUGUAGCCUUGGUUCGGGUUCCAACUCCAGCACCUCUGGGUGGUCAUCAUGUUACUAUCUCUACCCCAACUCAUCACAUAAGUCACGGAAUACUGGAUCAUGGAACUCAUCAUGCAGUUCAUAAAGAACAUCAUCAGGUUCAUGGAGAAGAAUAUCAUGUUCCUCAUGAGGCACAUCAUGCUCCACAUGCAGCGCAUCACGCACCUCAUGAAGCACACCAUCCACCACAAGAAGCUCAUCACGAUCCUCAUGAUAUCCAUCACUCCCCAAAGACGGUUUCGCAUGGUCUUCCAAUCCUGAUAGAGUCUAAAGGAGAUGUAGGACACUAUACUCCAACUCCUCAUCAUUCUAUCUCCGGGUACCCUAAACCUGCUCACGGAGGAACCCUAGAGGAGAUCUUUGGAGUUGGACCAGGAUACACUCCUGCUCCGUAUCAUCCCACUCCUGUUCCAUACCACCCUACUCCUGCUCCGUACCAUCCUGUACAUCCAGCCUACCAUAAUCCUGAACCUGCCUACCAUCCUCCAACUCCAGUUUAUCACGCUCCUCCUACUCCUGCAUACCACCCACCUGAACCCGCCUAUGCCCCUCCCACACCAGUUUAUCAUGCCCCUGAACCUGCAUACGCCCCUCCUACUCCGGCAUAUCACGCCCCUGAACCUGCAUACGCCCCUCCUACUCCAGAAUACCACGCCCCUGAACCUGCCUACGCCCCUCCUACUCCGGAAUACCACGCCCCUGAACCUGCCUACGCCCCUCCUACUCCGGGAUACCACGUACCUGAGUAUGCGCCGGACUUUAAACAUCCUACCGGAGAUUAUAUACCUCCUACAGCAAAAAUGGCGGGUCAUCCCUUCAGUCUAGAGCAUGUAUUUGGUAUACCUAUGCCAAACUACUAUAUGGAGAAGUAUCCACAUAUGGCGCAUUCUAUUCAUCAUCCUGACCACCAUGUAGUUGAUACCUAUGCCGAACCUGCUCCUGUUUAUCAUCCACCAAAAGUUUAUGAUCACCCUGUCUCCGGAUAUCCUAAACCUGAACAUGGAGCAUCAUUAGAGGAGAUAUUUGGGGUUCCAACCAAAUAUCAUCCUGCAGUGAAACCUUCCUACCAUGAGCCUGAACAUCAUAUCAUCACAGUUAUGCAUCCUCCAGAGCUAAAAUAUGUUGAACCUAAACCUGAAUAUCAUGCUCCCAAACCCGAGUACCAUGUACCCAAGCCUGAAUACCAUGCUCCUAAACCUGAAUAUCAUGCGCCAAAACCUGAAUAUCAUUCACCAAAACCGGAAUAUCAUGCGCCAAAACCUGAAUAUCAUGCUCCUAAGCCUGAAUAUCAUGCCCCCAAACCGGAGUACCAUGUACCCAAGCCUGAAUAUCAUGCACCUAAACCUGAAUAUCAUGCACCCGAACCUGUCUAUCAUGAAUCUGGACACGGAUACGCUCCGCCCCAUAAUGGUGGAUCAUUAGAGGAGAUAUUUGGGAUCGGAUCACACCCCCUACCAUCAGUUUAUGUUACUCCUAAACCAGAUUAUCAUCCCACCACUUACAAACCUAAGAUGCCGGAGUAUGUAAACAAGGAUUACAAAUCUCUCCCUGAUCCUGGUUAUGUUCUCCACUACCUCCCGUAUGAUGAUUACCAACCCCAUCAUUCGAAAUCCAUUGAUCAUCCCCCUCCUGUUCCUCAUCAUCCCGGAGCAGCUCACAUCCUUGUUCCUGGAAACCAUCCUCUUCCUCCUCCUGACCUCUUUCCUUCUCCUCUCUCCGCCCAUCCUGAUGUAAAGUCCUUAACUCUUUUCCGGGGUGCAAGGGUUAAACGUUCUGAAUCAGCAGCAACAAAGGAGGAAUUGCUCCGUCAGAUUAAGGAAAAAGGGAGUCAGUUGGAGAAACAGAGACUUCUUCAUCAAAUCAAGUUAAAGGAGAACCAGCUCCAGAAGCUUCUGGCAGGGAUAAACCAGGACGAGUUUAAGGUUCCUGACUCCGGGACCUGGAAGAUACAAUCUCAGGUUCUGGACGGGAAAGAAGUUCCUGCUGGAGAGUGGAUAAUACCGUCCUCUAACCCUGACAGAACCCCCGUCCCUCUCCUCUCCCCAGCUCCGGGUUCUAAUCAGAACCAGGUUUCAGAGUUUAGGAAUCCUGCAGGCUUCAAUGAGUCCACACUUCUCAAGGAGAACCGUCUCCAACCAACCGGAGAAGAUUUACGUCAUCUUAUUCAACAUUUCUCAGAUAAAGAGUUCAGGGCCCCGGAUGGAGGGGGUUGGAAUAUCCGGGAAUCGUUUCAAUCUGUGACAGUUUCUCCGGGUACAAACCCAACCCGCUUGAUAAAUCCUACUCCUAAAUCUACUGAUCUACAGAGACUGCUAGAGGGAUUAAGAGAUGAGUUAGCCCCGGAUACACCCUGGAAUAUUAGAGAUGGAACCAGGUUACAGAACCUACCGGAGCAAACCAGGAACGGACCUGGAGAGCGUAUGAGAGAUGAAUCUCAAAUGGAGAAACCUGGACCGGAGAAAACCUAUCUUCAAACCCUCCUUGAGCAACAUGGUUUAACUCCUGAAACUCCGUCCCAACCCUGGAAUUUUAGAAAGAACGUAGCUGAGAUUGUAACUCUUAAAUCCACAGAAUUACAAAAACUUCUUGAAACUCAUCCUGAUUUGAAACCAAUGGUUCCAGAAAGUAUCUGGAAUAUCCGACCCAAACCAGAAACUGUUACUCUUAGAACCACAGAUCUUCAAAAGCUACUUCAAUCAGACAGUUUAAGGGACAAGUCUCCAGAAAAUGCGUGGACUAUCCGUCCUGGAUCUAGUGUACCUGAAACUGUAACCCUAAAAUCUACGGAAUUACAAAAGCUAUUGGAGUCCCACCCCAACCUGAGACCAAUGGUUCCUGAGAAGGUUUGGCGUAUUCGACCCCAACCUGAAAUUAUAACAGUGAAGACAAAAGAUUUUGAAAAACUCAUUUUUGCAGAGGAUAAAUCCCCAAACCUUGACUUGAAGAGAGAAAAUAUUGGAUUAACCGAUCUUCAGAAGCUUCUUGAAUCUCACCCAGAACUAAAACCAAUAGUUCCAGAGAGUAUUUGGAAUAUUAGAGCCCAGGCUGAAGAGGUAACCCUGAGAACUACAGAUCUUCAACAUCUCCUACAGUCUGAAAAGGGGUUCCAGGAAGACUCUGUUGAUAGCAUGACUUUAAAAACUACUGAAUUGCAGAAACUUCUUGAAUCCCAUCCUCACCUAAAACCUAUGGUACCGGAGAAUGUCUGGAGUAUCCGUCCUCAACCUGAUUCUAUCAAGGUUAAUACUAAAGAUCUCCAGAGGCUUCUACUAACAGAAGACUUUUCUCAGAAGAAGACGACUGAAACUGUAACUCUAAAAUCGACCGAGCUUAAAAAAUUACUCGAAUCUCACCCAGACUUAAGACCGAUGGUUCCAGCAAGUGUCUGGAAUAUUCGACCUCAAACUGAUACGGUUACACUUAGAACCACAGAUCUUCAAAAGUUGCUCCAGUCUGAGCAAAGCCUAAAAGAAAAAUCUCCCGAAACCGCGUGGACGAUCAGACCUGUUCCAAAGACGGACCCGGAUAUGGUUUCAAUUCAAGCCACAGACCUUCAGAGGUUGUUUGAAGUAAGUGGAUCUUUGGAUCCCAGGAUUCCUGAAACUCUUUGGAAUAUCAAGGAUAGCGCCGGAGCAGUCACACUCAGAACAACAGAUUUGCAAGAACUCUUCCAGCUGAGCGGUGUUCUUGCCCAAAAUGUGCCGGAUUCUGUUUGGAAUAUUCGCGAGAGCUCCGAUAAGUUCAAGUCUAAACAAGUGUCUGGAGCAGAAAUUUCUAAGCUUCUAGAGCUGAGUGAUUCUCUAAAACCAAAAGUUCCGGAGAACAAGGGGAAUAUUAGAGAGGAAACAUCUCCAUCGUUAAGUGGGAUUUCCCAUCAGAAACAUUCGUCUCCGUCCCAACACGAGGAGAAGAAAUCUUCUAAAAUUAAUUUAUCCGAAUUGCAGAAACUACUUGAGAGUAAUAAGUUGAAAUUAACUACUCCUAAAACUCCGUGGAAUAUAAGAGAAAGUGCACAAAAGUUGAAAGAAUCUUUGCAAAAACUGAAUAAAGAGGAUAAAAUUAAUUCCGAAGAAUUAGAAAGCUUGCAGAAUUUGUUUUCUCUCAACGGACUUAGUGUUGACACUAAACCAGAGAAAACUUGGAAUAUAAAACCUCAAUCAACCCAACCUGCAGAUAAAUCUCAACAACCCAAACAACAAAUAAAACUGUCUGAUCUGCAGAAAUUACUCGAGGAGAACGGUUUAUCCUCCGAAACCGUUUCUCCGGACUUGUGGAACAUACGGGAGAGCGGAGAUAAGUUUAGGAAAUGGAAGAACGGAGAUAAAAUAAUGCCAUCAAAAAAUAUGUUCCUUGCAGGAACUCCAGAGCCAGGAGAACCCGAGCUAAGGACAGACCAGGAACCACUAAAUGAACAGAAGGAGGAGGAGGAGGAGGUUGAACAGGUAACCCCUAAGGGUUUGACAACUUCAAACAUCCAAGACCUCCUAGCACAACUGAGCAAAGAUGAAUUAGUAUCUGGGAAUGAAUUUAGCUCCGGUGGCAAAAAAACCACGACGGAGAACAUUCAGGCCUCAACUUACAAACCUAAUAUAGACGUUGAGCAGCUAAUCGGAUUAAGAAACUAUGUAGAUUUAUUCCGGACAAAAGAAGAAUACAUGGAUGAUGAGAAGGUUGAGGACGAUGAGAAGGUUGAGGACGAUGUGAAGGUUGAGGACGAUGAGAAGAUUGAGGACGAUGAGAAGGUUGAGGACGAUAAGAAGGUAGAGGAGAUGAAUAAGGUGAAAAUGAGGUUGCAGGAAACAGAACUCCAGCGCCUACUUAAUGAACUGAGUAGGGAUGAGUUCCAAGUACCGAACCAAGCUUGGGAUAUCAGAAAAGCUGCUCAGCUUCUGAAACAGAAGCAACGUUUUAACCAGGAUAAUGUUGGAGUUAUUGAGAAUCUAGAGGAAAAUAUUCGAUUAAUACCUGGACCCCCUGGACCUCCUGGUCCCCCCGGACCUCAGGGUCCUCGAGGUCACCCUGGAGUUAGAGGAGAGCAAGGGUUGAGGGGCCCGGCAGGCCCUCCUGGAGCACCUGGAACCUCCUUCAUGGAUAUAUUCAGUGCGAGUCCGGAGAGUUCUUCUCCAAUAAGAUUAGCAGAUCAGGAAUCCUUUCUCUUCAACUCAGUUCCCCCAUUUCCAUCCCGCAUCUUGCCACCAUCAGCUCAGGAACCUGUUCCAGGCCCACCCUCACCACAAAGGCUCCCAGCUAACCAUCUUGUCCCAGAGUUUACUGAAACCCUAGAUUUAUCCCAUGAAUCACAGGACUCGGAGAAACCCAAACUUUCUUUCGUCCCGGAGAAUCCAAACCCUGAUUAUGAUUACGAAGCCAUCCAAGAUCCUGCUCCAAGACUCCAUUUAUCAGCACUAAGUGGGAUGAUAAACAAUCAGGCUCCGAAAAAACGAAGACGCAAACCAAAUACUAGACCAGUUGAAAACCAGGAUAGGAUUGUCACAAAGACAAAAAUAGUCAAUAAUGCUCAGUAUCCACAAAUAGUGAUAAUUCCUCAGACAAAAGGUGGGAACGGAGGAGAUAACAUUAAUAUCAACUUUGAUGAUCCAUCAGGAAUCUUUCAGGGAGAAAGAAUCAGGAACCCGGAGCAGGUUCGAUCUGAACAGAAGAAUAGAUCUGACCAACUGAUGCUACAGAAGCAGGAAGCCAUGUUGCAGCAGCUUAUUGGCGAGAUGGAACAGAAUGAGAAAAUAAAAGGUCUAGAGGAUGCUAUUCAAGCUCAGGAGCAGGUUCUUAAACGAUUAGAAGCUGGACUGGAAAAAGAGCGACCUGACGAUAUAUUUACUGAGGAGAGAUUGGUUGAGCUAGAAUCAGUUUCCAGGAAGCAGUCUGAGAUUAUUGAUAAUAUCGAGGAGGCACUUAAUGAUAUGAACAUAGAGACUGCAAAUACAGGAUCCAGACUUAAUAUUCUAGAGACUAUUGCUGCUAAACAGAAACAGGUUUUGAAUGAUCUGCUCUCUGGUCCUGAAAUCAACAUUAUAGACCCGGAGAUAAAUGAGUCCAGGGUUCAUCUAAUCCAGGAGAACGAUGAGGAGGUGAGAACUAGACGGGUUCAGGAGCUGGAGCUCAGGAGAAAACAAGCACUCAAGGAUAUUGCCGAGGUCGGACGGAUGAUGGAGAUGAAGAAGAAGAUGGAGGGAGAGAGGAUGGAGUUGGUUAAGGCUUUGUCUCAGGAGAGAUUAAGUUUGGAUUCCGUUGAUCUCAGUUUAGCUCCGAGUUCUCGGAGUUUAUCUUGGUGGAGAAGAUUGUCUCCGGGAUACAGACAGAGCAGGGAGAGGUUCAGGGAUAAAUAAGGGUGUUGAGAGUUCUAGUUCCAGGACUUUAUUCAAAUACUUCAGAUAGAAACAGAAAUGUACCCGGGCUCUUCACAGAACCUGAUUCCCUAUUCUAAUAACUACCUGGAGAUGAAAAACCACAACAAUAAGGAAUUAAAGCUAGUUUUUAAACUACGUAAUUUUUCAGUCGAAAUGUUUUAAACUAUUGACAAUCUUUACAGUGCAAUCUAGUCAUAUAAAAACAUGUGCAAUAAGAAUAUGUUUUUCAGAGAAAAGAUACAAAAAUGGCAUUAAAAUAUUUAUCAAAAAUGUUCCUUUUGAUUUAAGAUCAACUAGUCCUUUUGUAAAUUAUAUUUUAUAACUAAAGUAUCUUAAUUAAAUACUGGCAAAGCUUUAAAAUUAUAUAAAUUAGAAAAAUGAUCUUGUAAACCCCGAUGUUAUUAAAUAAAGUAUAAAGAUCCCUA